AUGGCUAUUCGUAACAUAUUUCUAAUAGGACUACGAGAAAAGUGUAAAAAAUUUGGCUCCGGUAUUUACUCAAAUUAUGCAUCUGCUCCAAGAUUUAUAGAAAAUAACAAAUUUAAGUCCAAUGAAUGCAAGACAGAAAAAAAUUUGAAUUGUCUUGAAGAUCCUGACACAUUUGGUACUCUAUCUGGAAAACUUAAAAAUCAAUCUAAUGAUAUAUUUGACGAAGGUGAUUUAAAGGAAGAAAAAUAUCUUCAAAAUCUUCCCCUUCCAUCUCAAAAAUUAACUAUAAGACAAUAUGCAGAUCUAAUAAAGCAAUAUUUAAAACAUAAACGUCUAAAAGAAGCGCUCAAUGUUUUAGAAAUAAGAAUGUUACAAGAAGAUAGAGUUAAACCAGAAAAUUACAUUUACAAUAUUUUGAUUGGUGCGUGUGCAGAUGUAGGUUACACUAAAAAAGCAUUUAGGUUAUAUAAUGAUAUGAAAAGACGAGCACUAACCCCUACUGGCGACACAUACACUUGUUUGUUUGAGGCGUGUAUUAACAGCCCUUGGCCUGCAGAUGGGUUAAAGAAUGCGAAACAUUUAAGGGAUCUAAUGAUUGAAAAAGGAAUAGAACCCAAUCUUACAAACUACAAUGUAAUGAUUAAAGCAUUUGGCCGAUGUGGUGAUCUCAAAACAGCUUUCAAAAUAGUUGAUGAAAUGAUUUCAAAGAAAAUUAAAAUAAGGGUUCACACUUUUAACCAUCUCCUACAUGCAUGUAUUUCUGAUAAAGAAAAUGGCUUACGCUAUGCCCUUUUAGUUUGGAGGAAAAUGUUAACUAUGAAAGAGAAGCCAAAUAUUUACUCUUUCAAUUUAAUGCUUAAAUGUGUCAAAGAUUGUAAUCUAGGGUCUAAAGAUGAUAUACAAAGUUUGAUCAUGUCUAUUCAAGACCAAACCUUAUUAGGUUCAAAUAAAAUUAAAAGAUUACAGAUUGAAUCAAGAGAAACAAAAGAAAAUACUACUAAUUCAGAAGUAGAUCUUGAAAAACUUGAAAAUUUUCAGACAUAUGGUCCAUUAACAUAUGACACAAAGAGCAAAGCCAAUUAUAACUGUAUUUCCAUUAAAGAUGUACAUAAAGGUGUAACUGUUUUAGAGAAUCAAAACAGUAACUCAAUCACAAUUCUUCCAAAAGAAUUUCAAACACAACAAAAUGAUCAGCGAACAAUCCCCAAUUUGUUAUCUAAUGUUUUACAAUUAAAUCAAGUAUUAUCUUUGCAAGAAGUUGACACAUUACAAGAUAAAUUUGCAAUAAUAGGAGGUCAAGAUGAUUUCCUAAGAGAAAUGGAGGCAAAUGCAGUUAAACCUGAUAUCAAAACAUUCACACAGAUGUUACCUUUAAUAGAGGAAACUAGAGAAGCUGAAAAUAAGAUUAUGGAGACUAUGAAAUCAUUGAACAUAAAACCAGAUAUAGAUUUUCUUAACAUGGUCAUAAAAAAAAGAUGCAUACGAAUGGAUUAUGAUGGUGCUUUUCUCAUCAAGGAGUUCAUUGAUAAUGAAAAUAAGAGCUGCGAUAAAAGAUUUAAACGGAGAAAAUCUUUAAAGCCCAAUAUUAUGACAUAUGGAGUUUUAGCUUUGGCUUGUAAAACAAAAGAAAAUGCUGAAAAAAUACUUAAUGAAAUGAAGGAAAAACACCUGAAAGUAAACAUAGAAAUUUUAGGAGCACUUUUGCGACAUGGUACUGUACACAGGCAAUUUGGUUAUGUUCUUUUUAUCAUGGAUGUGGUAAAACAAGAAAAUUUGAGACCAAAUGAAGUUUUUCUUAAACAUUUAGAAGCUUUCCAUGACAAAUGUGUAAAUAACAUUAAGCAACACCAUCAGAAUGAAAACAGUGACACAAGUUUCACUUUUGCAUGUAAGAAUUUUCUGGAUAAAUAUAAAAUCUGGCUGAAAGAUGUACGUGUAACUGAAAUAGAAACAGAACAUCCAUGGAAACAAUUUAUGGAACCUCAACCAGAAACAAUACAAAGGCAACAUUUUGAAAUAAAAGAACCUAAAAAGUUUUACAAAAUAAAUCGUAAAUAUAUUCGUUACACUCCGAAAAUAUGA